UGAAUCGGUUGCUGGUUGGAAUGCUGGCUUACAACGAAGAUCGAGUCAAGGUUUGAGUUUACUACUAUUCCAUGACCUUCUUAGUUGAGCGGAAUACGCCGAACGGAACGGUAUGAAUUGCUGGUGAAUAUAUCGCGUAACAUUAUAUCUUCAUAGUGGUGUAGAGUGCGCUUUCGAGAGCUGAGAAAAAAGUUUAGUUAACAGACGGUUGAAAAAGAUAAGAAAAAUAUUCUACGCGAGUGAAUAAAGGUGUUGGAGCGAUGGAUUUAAGAUUUGUUCUGAUUAUUAUAGCGUUAACAUUAUGCAUACAUGCUCGCGAACAAGAUAUGGUGGACGAUGAACCACCGGAAGGAUACUAUGCCUUUGUCGAAUCGCCUUCAGCCACGCCACCGAAAGUUCGACCCCCACCAUACAUUCAUGUAAAUGUGGACUGCAAAAAUAUCCAUAACAAAAAGUCAUACGUAUCUGUUAGCAAUAUUUGUGGAGAUUUGAAUAAAGGGCAAAUACCCCGAAACCCGUUGAGGCAAAAUGUUUUAGGCGAGCCAUAUCCUUUUGAACUUAUCCGAAAUCAGACACUUAAGUUUCUAUCUAAAACUUUACCUGUACUCAAGGCCGACGAUACUCUACCUAAAGUAACUCAGAUUAUUCCCGAUGAGCCAGUGGAGACAAUAGAUAACAAUGGAUUGGAUACCAGAUAUCAUGUGAGAACUAAACGGGAUGCACCAGAAGAGGGUAACGACGAAGAAGAUAUCCAAAUUGAACAAAAGACUGAAGAGAAAAGAUCACCACGAAAGUUCUGUGACGGAGGUGGAGUUUUUUGUACCUUAUAUCGUGCAAUCAACGGUGACAGCCCACAACCGAUCGCAGCAGCUGAACGUAGGGAAGAACCCGGCCCAAUUCGAUAUGAGGGACCACCAACCCCGUGCCCAGCCAAAGUAGAAUACGCAACCCCAGUGUUUGCUAAGAACUAUCAGGGAUCAUGGCGAUAUGUAGUGCAAAUACCAUACGAAGGCUACUUCACACAAACAGUUGAGGUAACCAGAUGUCUUCAAGCAAGGUGCCAUUAUUUGGACGGAGGUUGUUUAUCUUCUCCCCGCUGGGUUAGCCUUUUAGUUGCCGAGAUAUUCUACCCAAAUACCGAAGAUCAAUUUGGAGCGGGUCAAUCAACUACUCCAUCCACAACAGCACCCUCUGUUCAAGAUUUCCAAGCGUACCAACAAUAUCUGCAAAAACGAGCUGGGGUUGCGACAUCGUCAGAUGGGGUGAAUAAUGAUUCGAGUCCAAAGCCCCCGCAUUGUGACGGACAUGAUGAAAUUGGGUGCUUCCAGGUGCGCCUCUAUUACGAUUGGUUCCUGAUUCCUGGAUCGUGCAAAUGUUGGAGACCUGAUUACUUUGCAAAAUAUGUUCGACGAAGGUCCAGCAGUGAUUUGUAGAUUAAGUGUGUUUAUAAGUUAUAUUUCGUUAAGGUGGUUUGAAGGAUAUUCGAAGUGUUUAACAUGAAAGUUGAAAAUGUCAUGUCGAUUUUUCUCAUGAAUCUGCAACAAUCUAGAAAUCUUUUCACUAUUUUAAAGCUGGAAACAUGCCAAAAGUGUGGAAAGAUUAAACUAGAUUUGUAGCCACUUCACAUACGAGGAGAAAGACUUCAUUUGGAUCAUUGAACCAUACAUUCGCCGCUUUCGAAAUUUCAAAGAGUGAAAUGGGAAAGAGAAUGUAUGAUUAUUUAUUUUUCUCAACUUUCAUGAUAAACUCGAGAUUUUGAAAACGUGAAAAUGCAUUCGUAAUUUCAACUAACUAGAAACGAUACAAGAUAUGUGAUAUUGAUUUAUUUAUUCAUAUUUUGUUAAGCAUUCUGCACAUUAUUUUUGGGACAAUAUUUCUACCACUUGGUUUCGGUUAACACAUGAGUGCACAUCACAUAUUCUUGGUUCGUUUAGUUCCGUUCAAAUUGCUUGAUGCGUUGUUUUUCAUUGCAUUUAUUUAUAUUUAUUCGCAUGCAUUGUAUAUAAACUGUAAGUGAUAGUUAUACGUUUGCUCUAUUUUCUGAUAAAUACUGUUGUUAUCAAUAAGACCAAGAAGAGACCGAUAAUAAAUAUAAGAUGAACAUAAAUGGGGUUUUUAUUAUUUUUAUGGACUCGAUACGCUAUGAUU